GAAGCAUUUAGUUGGUGUUCUGAGUUUGUACAUUGCGGAUCGGUAGUAGGAAAGCGUUCGCGGAAGCGGAUAGACGAAGUGGUCGCUGUUAUACGGUUGUGUUGUAGUAGUUGUGAUUGAAACUAAGCUUAAUUGAAGAACUUAAAAACGCGAGUGAGUUGUAUAAAAAAGAAAGCACACAGCGCUAUGCCUCUAUAAAAAGCAAAGACUCGGCAGAGCCUUUCGGUUAAAUUGAAUUGAAUGUGCACUCAUUGUUGCAAAAUUGCAACCACAAGGAAAUUAAAACAAAAAAAAAAAACAGAACAGUUAUAAGUAAACUGACAUAAUUAGCACGACAUCAGGUUACUUAAAAAAUUGAUAGACCAUUUGUCAGCACAAUUGGGAAUUGACGAAUUGACAAAAUGUCCAAUAAACCAUACAGUGCGAUCAGUAUAACCAAUUGCGGAUUGGAUGACCCACAGAGUGAGCUGGGUGCCGCCUUUGCUAAUAACAACCUAAAAGAAUUUCGAAUUGCUCUCGAUAAAGGUGCAAACCCGACUAGAUGUGAUGACAAACAUUUCAGCGUCUUUGAGUUAGCUCUGAAAACGCAUGGCCGCGCUGCAUUUGUAGAGGAAUGUUUGAAUCAUGGUUGCAGUCCUAAUCAUUUAAACCAACAUUGGAAGAAAUCUGCAAUCAGUUUUGCCGCAGAUUCCCUGGAUCCAGAAAUUCUCAAUAUACUCCUGCGUAAUAAAGAUGUACAAGUAGAUCGACCCUAUGCCAAACUUACACCUAUUAAUACACUCGCCAAAAAAUUAACUACAGAGAAUCAGAACGAUGUAUUCGCUUGCAUUAAACUUCUUCUAGAAUAUGGCGCCUCGCCCAACAAGCCUGACGACCGUGAAAUGACGCCAUUGAACUAUAUUUUGAAAAAUAAAAAGUUGGACAGUCAAAUUAAGCGAGAACUUGUUGAACUUUUCACAUCCCAGCCAGAUUUAGAUGUCGAUAGCUUUCGUGAUGGCGAAGUACGUGAAUUGUUGAACCGUGAUUACCCCGAAAUGUUAACAAAAUUGAGUGCAGUCGAAGUAAGCUUAGAUAGGCUUAUUUCACUCCUUCGUAAUGGUAACGAAGAGGAAUUUGUCCAACAAUUUCCAAAAUUCAAAGCCAGAAUGAUGGAAAAAGAUAACAAUGCGAAUGAAGUAGAGAAGCACGAACUUCAGCUAUUCAUAGAAACAAUAAAGCGCGGUACACACAAAGCAUUUGAUUUGCUCUUGAAUUACAACGUGAAUAUAAAUGGCACCUUAGAUAAUCAAACACCCAUACAUAUUUCCACAAUUUUUGGUAAUUGGCGAGCUCUAAAAAUAUUAUUAGAACAUAAUGAUCUCAAGUUGCGCCGACAGGAUCAAUUAUUAAUCACUGUUAUUAGUCACUUAGGCGAUGAGCCAUUAUACGAUUUUGUCAAUUACGAGAAAUGUCUUUCCUUUCUACUAAAUUCGGAUCGCAUUGAUGUGAAUGAGACAGAUCCCAGUGGCUCAACACCACUUCACUAUGCCGUCAAGUAUCGCAAUCGCUUAGUUAUCCAAGAAUUACUACGUCAUGGUGCUUACAUUGGCAUGCGCAGCUCCUUUAAUGAUUUGCCCAUCGAUGGAAUAUACCCGGAAGUGUUGGAGGAACACUUUGAUAAUUGUAUCACUACAAAUGGUUAUAAGCCUGGUGAUAGUGACUUUGAAAUAUUAGUCAAUUUCAAGAAUCUCAUUGCACAUCCGCGCUUAAGUCAUGCAACGAAGUUGCGCUCACAAAACUUCCACGAAGAGAUGCCACCGAUUGCGUAUAUUGCUGAGUCAAAAGAACAUCGCCAUUUGCUACAACACCCACUUAUCACCAGUUUUUUGUUCCUCAAAUGGCAUCGUUUAUCUGUCAUCUUUUACAUUAAUUUUCUCUUAUACUUCUGUUUUGCCCUGAGCAUUAUAAUACACACCAUACUGAAAUUUCGAGAAAGCGAAUACGAAGCUCUAACUGUGUUAUUCGGACUCUUCUCAUGGGUUGGCAUCAUUUACCUCCUUAUGCGCGAAAUAAUACAAUUUGUUUUGGCUCCAUUGAAAUAUUUACGUUCGGCAAUUAAUUAUAUGGAAGUGGCACUUAUUAUAUUUUCCAUACUGACUUGUACCGAGUCCAGCUAUAACCGCGAAACCCAGAGAGUAAUAGCUGUAUUCACGAUACUCCUCGUCGCUAUGGAGCUUUGCUUAUUGGUGGGUUCAUUGCCAGUUCUUUCCAUCUCUACACACAUGCUAAUGCUGCGUGCCGUAUUAAAGAGCUUUAUCAAGAGUUUUGCUCUUUACUCAAUAUUCGUAAUUACAUUCAGUUUGUGCUUCUAUAUUCUGUUUGGCAAAUCAUCGGAAGUCAACGAUAUCACGAACGGCACCGACGCCGUAAGUGAUGGCGGCGAAUUCAACAAAUUUGCAAACCCAUUUACAGCGGUUAUCAAAACUAUUGUAAUGUUGACAGGUGAAUUCGAUGCUGGGGAUAUUGAAUUUGAUACCGUCUACAGCUAUUUGAUAUUCUUAAUGUUUGUGGUAUUCAUGUCAAUUGUGCUUUUCAACUUGCUUAAUGGUCUUGCUGUUAGCGACACACAGGCCAUUAAAGCGCAAGCCGAACUAAAUGGUUCCAUUUGUCGGACUCUUCUACUCACACGCUACGAACAAGUCCUGACUGGACGCACCGGACAUGCCAGUUUCAUCAUUAAACAUGAACCGUUCCGCACAAUAUGCCGCCGCUUAAUGAAUCUCGAUUCCAAUUAUAUUGUUGGCCGGCAAAUCGCCAUUCUACCAAAUGACCACAAUAAAGUACUCGUCGGUGUGGCCAACGGGGAUGUCGGCAUCGAUGCCAGUGUAGAAUCGAAAUACCAUUUCGCCCGGAAUAAUGAGGUUCGCAACUCGAAAUCACAAUUUUUACCAUUGUCAGAAGAAAAUACCAAUCAUCAGAAAAAGUUGCUUGAUGCACCCGUUUCAUUCUUGCCCUGCUGCUGCACCUGCAUUACCGGAAGAUGCUCUGAAAUGGAUAGUCGAACUGUAAAAUUAGCUAUGGCAGUAAUCGAACGAAAAAACACAUCACAAGAAGAUAAGAUGCGUGAAGCGAAUACGGAAAGAAGACUGAAGAAUAUAGAGGAACGAUUGGCACAGAUGACGGAGCUCCUGCAGAAAUUAAGUCAAGAACAAUAAAAAUGCCAGUUCAAAGUUGAUAUCAUUAUCAGUAAUUGCUAUAUUAACUUUUCUAAUAAUUGUGCAAACUUUAAGUGUCCUUAGGGUUAUUUAUUCAAGAUUUUUUUUUUUUAACAAAUACGCAUGUAUCAAAAUAUUUAUGAUAACUUCUAAUGCAAAAUAAAAUGUCCAAAGUAAUAA